AUGCAGUUGUAUCGCACCAAAGACGGUUUUGCACUCCUAGGUUGUUGCUUUAGGCGAGCUAUUGCACCUGAUGUCUACAUAUUUAGUGCACUCUUAGAUGGGCUCGUUGUAGAAGAUAGGAUUCUUGAAGCAGAGAUGUUAUUCAAGAAGCUCAUCAAACAAAAACUUUGUGAACCUGAUGUGGUUAUGUAUAACACAAUGAUUAAAGGGCUUUGCAAGUUCGGUAAUAAUGUUACAGCACUUGCUUUGCUCAGGCUGAUGGAGCAAAAAAACUGCAAGCCUAGUAUUGUUACAUAUAGCACCAUCAUUGAUAGUCUUUGCAAGGAUAAAAUGAUAGAUGAUGCUUUCAAGCUCUUUAAAGAAAUGGUAUCUGACAAAGGUAUUCUACCAGAUGUCAUCACCUACAACUCUUUAAUUUGUGGUCUUUGUAAGUUUGGUCAUUGGGAUGAGGCCUCAAAGAUGCUAAAAGAAAUGGCGGAUGAGAAGAUUUCUCCAAAUGUGAAAACCUUUACUGCAUUAGUUGAUGCAUUUUGCAAGGAAGGUAAAGUAAAAGAAGCCGAGGCUGUUAUCAACAUCAUGAUUGAGAGAGGUAAGGUUCCAAACAUAGUGACAUACAACUCGCUUAUUGAUGGUUACUGUCUACGAGGCGAAAUGAGCAAAGCAAGGGAGAUUUUUGAUUCAAUGACACUUAGAGGUCUCGUUCCUAAUGUUGUUACUUACAAUAGUUUAUUGAAUGGGUAUUGCAAGAAUCUGAAUAUUGAGAAGGCUGAGCAAAUGUUUCAUGAAAUGACUGUAAAAGGUUUAAAACCCAAUGUAGUCACUUACACCACCAUGUUACAAGGAUUGUUUCAGGUUGGGCGUUGUGUAGCUGCGCGCAAACUCUUUGAUGAGAUGCAUGCACAAGGCCAAAUUCCAAAUGAAUGCACUUAUGGAAUAGUUUUAGAUGGCCUUUGCAACAACCAUCUAGUAGAGGAUGCGCUCUCUCUGUUUCAUUUGGUGGGUAACAGCAAGCUUAAUUCUAAUAUUGUUGUGUACAAUAUCCUCAUUGAUGGUGCAGGAAAAUAUGGGAAAGUGGAUAUUGCGAGGGUUCUUUUCCAAGGUCUAAUUGAUAAAGGCUUGCAACCUAAUGUUCGUACAUACACUGUGAUGAUAAGUUGUUUUUGUCAGGAAGGUCUAUUGGGGGAAGCCAAGUUGUUGUUUCUUAAAAUGAACGAGAGUGGCUGCCCGCCAAAUGAUGUUACUUACCGUGUUCUUCUCCAAGGAUAUCUAAAGAACCAGCACUAUGAUGAUGUGGUGAUGCUUUUACAGGAAAUGGUUGAUAGAGGUUACUCACUUGGUGCUUCGACUUUAUCGUUAUUUAUAGAUCAUAUCGCAGUUGGUUUACUAGAUAGAAGUAUGCUUAAGCUGUUAGGUAAGCUUGUGCCAAAAGAAUUAAUGGACGAUCCUAGCUUUUGA